AUGAAUGAUCACAUAUCUUGGGAUCAAUUCAAGCAAUUGGGUAUUAAUUGCCCGAAACUCAAGAGAUUAUCAUUCGGGAUGUGUUGCGAUUCAAUCGACACUUUCUCUAAAUUGAUUCAAACAAUCAAUGAUUACUUCAAUCAAAUAAAACGACUCGAAUUUGACGACUAUUUUCCCGAUGGAUACGACAACGACAUUAUGUGGUUCGAUGAGGAAUAUAAAGAUGUCACACAUUGGAAAUCAACCAAGAUUAUAGGCAUUUACAGUGGAGAACGGCGACAAAAACACAUUUAAAUGAAUUGAAUGCAAACUAUUGUCUCAUAAGAAGUGGAAGAAUAACCACAAGAAGUGAUUGAGUGUUGAAUACAAACAAUAAUUAAAUGCAAAAUAAUGUCUGACAUAAAGAGAAGAAGAGUUGGUCUCAAAAGUGAU